GGUGCGCGGCGGGCGGAGCUCGGCCGCCGGGCGGGCGCGGAGCCCGGGUCUCGGCGGCGCGGGCCCCGGCGGCGGGCGGCGAUGUUCCACUGCAUCCCGCUGUGGCGGUGCAACCGUCAUGUGGAGACCAUCGACAGGCGCCACUGCUCGCUGCUCUACGUGCCCGAGGAGGUCUACCGCUACGCCCGCAGCCUGGAGGAGCUGCUGCUGGACGCCAACCAGCUCCGCGAGCUGCCGGAGCAAUUUUUCCAGCUAGUCAAGUUACGAAAGCUUGGACUGAGUGAUAACGAGAUCCAGCGACUCCCUCCAGAAAUAGCCAACUUCAUGCAGCUGGUGGAGCUCGACGUGUCCCGGAAUGAUAUUCCUGAAAUUCCAGAGAGCAUCUCAUUCUGUAAAGCACUACAGAUCGCUGACUUCAGCGGAAACCCAUUGACUAGAUUGCCAGAAAGCUUUCCUGAAUUACAGAAUUUGACAUGUCUUUCUGUAAAUGACAUCUCACUGCAGUCUCUGCCUGAAAAUAUUGGCAAUCUUUAUAACCUGGCUUCACUGGAACUGAGAGAGAAUCUACUUACUUAUCUCCCUGACUCCCUUACCCAGCUACGGAGACUAGAAGAACUUGAUUUAGGAAACAAUGAAAUAUAUAAUUUGCCAGAAUCAAUAGGAGCUCUCUUACAUCUAAAGGAUCUCUGGUUGGAUGGAAAUCAGCUGUCAGAAUUACCUCAGGAAAUAGGAAAUCUGAAGAACCUGCUCUGCUUAGACGUCUCUGAAAACAGGUUGGAAAGGCUCCCGGAGGAAAUCAGCGGCCUGACUUCACUGACGGAUUUGGUCAUUUCGCAGAACUUGUUAGAAAUGCUCCCGGACGGCAUCGGAAAACUAAAGAAACUGUCCAUCUUGAAGGUGGAUCAGAACCGACUCACCCAGUUGCCCGAGGCGGUCGGAGACUGUGAGAGCCUCACGGAAUUGGUUCUUACAGAAAAUCGGCUACUGACUUUACCUAAGAGCAUUGGAAAACUUAAGAAGUUGAGCAACUUGAAUGCAGACAGAAAUAAAUUAGUGUCUUUACCAAAAGAGAUUGGCGGCUGCUGCAGCCUCACUGUGUUCUGUGUGCGUGACAACAGGCUGACUCGGAUCCCCGCGGAGGUGUCUCGGGCGGCCGAGCUGCACGUCCUGGACGUGGCAGGGAACAGGCUGUCGCACCUGCCUUUAUCGCUGACCGCUUUGAACUUGAAGGCUCUCUGGUUAUCUGACAACCAGGCCCAGCCCCUGCUCACGUUCCAGACGGACACCGACCACACCACCGGGGAGAAGAUCCUCACCUGUGUCUUACUUCCUCAGCUGCCUUCUGAACCCGCCUGCCAAGAGAACCUGCCCCGCUGCGGCGCCCUCGAGAGCCUGGUGCACGACGUGUCAGAAGAGGCCUGGAGCGAGCGGGCGGUGAACCGGGUCAGCGCCAUCCGGUUUCUGGACGAUGAGAAGGAUGACGACGACAAUGAAACGAGAACACUCCUGAGACGAGCCACGCCCCACCCAGGGGAGCUCAAGAGCAUGAAAAAGACAGUGGAGAAUUUACGGAAUGACAGGAAUGCUGCUAAAGGACUGGAUUCCAACAAAAAUGAGGUCAACCACGCCGUCGACCGUGUGACCACGUCGGUGUAGGUGGCGCGCCCGUCUUACCUCCCGAGUCGUCCUGCUGCGGAGCCGGCCUGCCCCCUGGAGCCCCCCACGGGGAUGCUGCGCCCGGGAAGUGCCUUACUCUCACCCGACAGCCAGUCACUGCACCCGCCCGGUCUCCAGCUUGAUUGUUUUUUCCUCCUAAAUUUCAGUUGUUUGUAAUAAGUGGAAUACACUACUGACAACACCUGACCUUUGUUUCUGUCUUGUGUUGGGGUCAGGGAGAGCAGGAGGGGGUUCUGGUCCCCCUCCCUCCCGUCAAGUGCGGGGACAUUGCGAACCCACGUUCUCUUGGACCUACUGAUGAGACAGAGAGUUUUAUGUAUGGAAAAAAACAAUUGGUAAUUUUUUAAACCUUUUUUGGCAGCUCAGAUGGUGUACAUUUAAACAUUUUGUAUAGGUAUUUCGUAACAAAAAAUAUGUAUUUCCUUUUGUUAUUUUAUCUUGGAAACGGUACACAUUUUAGUAUUUGUGCAGGAAAAAAAAUACAGUCCUAAAGUAUUUGUUUUUAUCUGUACUAUCCACUUGUGCCUUAUUGUCGCCUGAGUCCUGUCAAACCAGUUGUCACAGUGACAUCUUUGAGCAGAGAUGAGGCUGGAAAGGUGAUACUUUGAAAGCAGUGUUGGAUUUUAAUCAGUAAUCAGGAGGAUUUAUUUUUAACCAAAAAGAAGAGUUACCACCAAUUUGCAAAUUUUAUCAGUUGAUUAUUUUUUUUAAGAUGAACCAAAGGAUUAGACUGCUAAUAUUUCAUAUCUUUUCCACUUUGACAUUUUCAUGAAUGGGUCUCUUAGGAUGAGUGUCCUGUCUGAUUGUACCUACUCAGAAGGUACCUGCCAUUUGUAAAAUAAAAUAGAGCAGAAAAGCACAAAAAGAGCAAACCGGUUCAGAAAUUCAGUGGGGAAAUAAAUUAUGUACUGCAAAGAGAAAGUAUGAUUUUUUUAUUAAAGAAAGCUUUAAAAGUUUUAUACUGAGAUAUAAAAACCACAAUAAAGCAGAAUAACCUACGACCCUGUUAGAAAUGUUGCUAUCUUUAUAAGUGCAAUUUAAUUUGUAAAUAGAGUUUGGAUCAAAGUGUAACAAAAUAUUGCUUCAAGUUUUAAUUUUAAGUCUGCUUAUUUAAGAGGUGCAGGGUAUGUUUUGGUGUGUUUCUGUUGAUUUCUUUUUAAUUUUAUUUUGUAUGAUGUGAUAAAAGAGGAAUGAAAAACGCCCAUCCCUGUCUGGUGUUUAGGAAAAUCAUGCUGUUGGUGUUGCCUUUUUAUUCUUUCCAUGAAAUAAAGUCAGCCUGGACAUUA